CUGUUUAGUAACUUGCACCGAAGAAAUGAUGAAGCCAGCGAAUGGUCAGCAGGGCGGUUGAUGUGAUCUUGACGACGGAAAUUGGAGAAUAAAAGAGGGAAGGUGCGGUCUGACCAGAUGAUCUUUUUAAGUUUUUUCGCCUCACUUGAUUUGGCCAACCUUCCUUUGUUGGAAAAGCCCACCAGUUGACUACACUAAAUAUUUCUUUUGCUCUCGUAAAACACGAAUCAUUGUUUACGCGGGUCAAAUGACCGGUUCAGCCAGUAUCCCACGCUUUCAGGGUCAAUGCUUGUGGGCUGUGGGCUCUAGACUGUAGACUGUAGUUGGAGUCGAUCAAAUCAAACACAAAUACAAAAGAAACAGAACAACCUAACAAAAAUCGUAGGGAGAUGCUUGUAACAAAUCGAACCAAAAAGAUCAACUUUCUUCUUUUGAUGCAGAAUUAAGCAAUGGUGGGCUAAGGCCGUUGAAUCCUGCUCCCUUGCUUUUACAAUUUUUUUUCUGUUUGACCCAUAUGAUAAAAAUUGGGCCUUGUUGCCUUUUUUGCCCUUUUUUCCAAGCCUUUUACAACUGUUGUUCUUUUGACUAAAAACUGUGGCUUUGCGGUUCAUUAUCAUUCAUGGGAAUUGUUACACAGCUGGGCUCUCACUGCUCUUGCCCAUACUUUUUCCCCAUAAGCGGCCUCUGAAGGAUCUAUUUAUUACAGGGUUUUGUGAAUAGUGCUGUUGAUGAAGUCUUAGUAGGAGAAAGAGGAUGGUCGUUGUGGCAUUGUUAUGGAGGAGAAUGCGGCAGCCUUGAAUACGGCCUUAAAUGCAGUGCAGGCCUUGGGGCGGGGUUUCGAUGUCACUUCUGAUAUCAGAUUGCUGUAUUGCAAGGGCGCAGCGGCCUCGCGGCUUGUAGUUAUUGAGGAGGAGAAAACACAGGAUCUGCCGGUCGCAGAAGGUUUAAUUGCACCCAAUGUGCCCGUCGAAGUUACUUGCUCUAGCGGUGAACUUGCAAGGCAUCAUACUGGCGUUCUCGAUUUCCAUCAGAUGGCCGAGCAUUUCAACGAAACGAUGUCUCUGUCCGGGAGGACCCCUCUUGGCAGCUUCAAUUCUAUGUUCAAUUUCUCUGGUUCAUGGGAGUCUAAUGCAGCAGCCACCAAGAGCCUUGUAAUGGAUGGGUUUUUCAUAUCAUUAUACACUGUUCAGUUGAGAAAAUCUUCCUUGGUUCUUUGUCCUGAAGUCAAGCGUGCUGUUCCAAAUAUGUGGGAGCCGUCCUCUUUAGCAAGCUUCAUUGAAAAUUUUGGUACCCAUAUCAUUACAUCUGUGACAAUUGGUGGUAGAGAUGUAAUAUAUGUCAAGCAGCAUCACUCAUCUCCUUUAUCUUCCAUGGACAUACAAAAGUAUGUGAAAGACAUUGCAGACAGAAGGUUUUCAGCGACAGAUACUUAUGUUGUCUCUAGUGCAAGCACAUUGAAGGACAAGGAUGUUACAGUCAUUUUUAGGAGGAGAGGAGGUGAUGAACUUGUUCAAAGUCACAAAGACUGGUUGAGUACUGUUCCCUUGGCUCCUGAUGUUAUUAAUAUGUCAUUUGUUCCUGUAACAUCAUUGUUAGAUGGAGUUCCUGGAAAGGAUCAUCUCAGACGUGCUAUUGAUCUCUACCUAGAGUACAAACCCCCAAUUGAGGAACUUCAAUAUUUUCUGGACUUCCAAGUUUCUCGUGCAUGGGCUCCGCUUUCUAGUGAUUUGCCAGGACAGGAAAGGAAGGAACCAGUAUGCCCUACACUGCAAUUCAGUUUGAUGGGGCCUAAACUUCAUAUUAGUACAGCCCAGGUAUCUGUUGGUCGAAAACCUGUGACUGGACUUAGACUAUGUCUUGAAGGGAGGAAGCAAAAUAGACUCGCAAUUCACUUACAACAUUUAAUUUCACUUCCCAGAAUCCUACAGCCACACUGGGAUGUGCAUAUUGCAAUUGGGCCCCCCAAAUGGCAGGGACCAGAAGAGCAGGAUAGCAGAUGGUUUGAGCCUGUGCAAUGGAAGAACUUUUCCCAUGUGAGUACUGCUCCUGUAGAGAACAGUGAAACAUGGAUAGGAGAUCUUUCUGGGGUUUAUAUUGUCACUGGAGCACAACUUGGGGUAUGGGAUUUUGGGCAAAAAAGUGUUUUAUACCUUAGGCUUCUGUUCUCUAAGGUUCCAGGUUGUACCAUACGAAGAUCAGUCUGGGAUCACUCACCAUCAUCUCAUCAAAAUGUUGAUGUAUCUUCAUCAAACCAGUCGGCAGUGAAGAUCUCAGGCAAUACGAGUUCUGGGUCAACAGUGCUGACAGGAAAGUUGGCAAAAUUUGUGGAUGUGACUGAGAUGACCAAGGGGCCUCAAGAUAUGCCUGGCCAUUGGUUAGUCACCGGUGCAAAGCUGGGGGUCGAGAAAGGAAGGAUUGUAUUGCGUGUAAAAUAUUCCCUCCUAAAUUACUAAGGUAAGAAAGAUGUGAAAAAUCUUUGCAUGUUGAUAAAUGAAAUAUGCCACUCAUUUGGCUGUACAAGGUUGUAUACGGAUGUAGAAAACAGGAGCAUUUCCCUUUUAUGUAGCAGAGUUUUUUAAAGAAUUUCUGCUCAGGAAAUUCUUUUCACAGGUGACCGUGCGAUUCACUCCAUGGAGUUUCUUAAUGUUAGUUUCAUUUGUUUCUGUCCGUCAAGGCUUCAUAACAGAAUUUUUAAUUCGAGGGUUGUAUUCUUGCAUACAUUUGUAUAUUGCUGUUAACAAAAGGUCCUGAUGGACUAUAUUGUGAUUUUUUAUGGCACUGAUAGGAAUAUGACAAAGCUGUGCCGGCAAAUUUUUUUGCAUUUUCUCUUAGCAGUGAUUGCUUUCAAGUUUCAACCAUGAAAGAAAUCUGCUAUCGUUUAUAUUUGGAGGUAUGCUGAAGAUGCUGUUGUAAGAAAGUCGACAGAUAUUGUUCUUUGUGCAGAAAGAAACAUAACCUGUCAGGCUGAUAUCUGUCUCACAAAAUAUUUUGUUGGAUAUCUUGAAUUCUUGAAUUUAAUUUUAUUGAUCUUCAUGCAGAAAUUUGUUGUCUAGAAUCUCUAGAUAAAGAAAUUCAAAAUCUGUGUAUUUGUGCCA